AUGAAAUCGGAUAACGAUUAUGCCGCUACUGGAUCAGCAUGUCCAUCAAAUCCUGGAAUUGUAUGUAGUCAUGAUUAUUUAUUAGUGGAUGAUCGUAUAUCUAAUGUUUAUGACGGUAUAAUUAACAAUAUACCAAUAAUUCGUUUUUGUUUAAUCAAUAAUUCCACAUUGAAAACAAUCGCCACAAAGACAAAAACAAAAUUACCAGAAGUAGAAAUGAUCAAUUCAUCAUCAUCAUCAUUAUCUUCUCCUUCUUUGAUCUCCUCUGGAUCCUUUUCAUUGAAUUCAAUAGAUUAUAAUAAAUUAUGUGCACCAGAUGAAUCAUAUUUAGUUGAGCAAAUUUAUGAUCCAAUCAGUAAUGUAUACGGUUGACAGUUUACAUCAAAUUGAAAUUUAUUAGAUCCAUAUAUUAUUCAUGGAAAAGGCAUAGUGUUAGAAUAUAUUGCUGAUGAACUUGCCACAUUUGUUGUACAAAUCACUAAACAUUUACAAGAAAUGGAAUACAAAACACAAAAUUAUCCUUAAAUAAUAAUCAAUUGGAUUUGUACAAUAGCACAAUGAUAUGAUGUUGAAAACUUCGACAAAUAUCGAUCAAUCAUAAUUAAUCGCAAGACACAUUCAUCAUUGUAUUCGAAAGCCUCCAAUCACAAUGAUCAAGUUCCGCAUCUUUCAUCAGGUAAUUGAAACAAACCAGAGGGACACAGUUGUUUCCAUUCAAUUUUCAAUAUAAAUAUAUAUAAAGUAUUCAUGCCGUAUAGCCAUUGAACUAAUAACUAAUCAUAAUUAUUAUACUGAUCGGUCUAUAAACUAAAUGGUGUAUCUUGUCGUAAUUAUGUAUAGAAAGGACUAUUUUGACACCGACUAGUGUAACCAUUUCAUAAUUAUCUGGAAAAGUUGAUAAAGUUUUGUCUAUA